AUGCUUUCCCAAUUGCAAAGCAUGAAAUCAAAAUUAAAAAAAAAAGGAUUUCACUUCUUUAGAGAAGUGAAAGGUGAAACUGAAAUCACAUCCGUUGAUAAGUCUCUACACGCACAAUAUCACAAGCAAAACCCUAUCUUAGUAUAUAUCAUUUUCAACCCAUGGGAAUUAAAAGCUGCACCAGCUACACAAGAAUGGAGGCACUUUGCUGAAUUUGUACCGUACACGUUAUCUCUUGACAGUGAGAACCAUAUAUACCUUACCAUCAGAGCUUGA